UCAGCGCCGCAUUUCCUGUGAUUUGCGGAGAACAUCGCAAUUACCGAAAACGUUUAUGUCAUAAUUCUGUCUACAAACAUCUUCAACUGAUUUUACGUAAAUAAUUAAGCCUGCACGCACGGAAACACUAAAAAAAUCGUUUGUGCAUUUCCUUGAGUAGCCGUAAACUUCGUGAGUAUCGAAAUAUAUUUAUUCAACAAUGAGACGAAAAAGUACAAGAAAUGCAGCUAAAGCGCAAGAAAAAGCUAAACCAGCGGAACAACCAACAAGAAAGUCUCGCAGAACGUCAAAAAGAAGAAGAAAAUCAACAUCUUCAGAAAGUGAAAAAUCAGAAGAAGAACAAGAAAUGCCUCAAAUGGUAGUUGCAGAGGCUGAAAAAGUAGCCUCAGAUUCUGAAGUAAAUUCAACUUUAGAGGAAAAUACAGAGAAGGAAGUUCCUCAAAUAAUUGAAAAAAAGACAAGACGUAACAAAGCAAGUAGCUCCCCAAUGGUGAGCGAUUCAAAGCUUGCCGAAGAAGGAAAUGAAAACAAGUCGCGUAACUCGAACAGACUGCGGCAGCGCGAAGCGACGAAGCCUGAAGACGACGUGGAUGGUGAAGGUAGAGCUGAUAAAGGUAAGUCUAAAGGUAAAACUAGGGCAAAGGUCGAUCACGAGCCGACUGAUGCGUCUGGAACGGUUACCGAAAGUGAAAUUUGUACAAAUGCACAGGUGACGCCUCUGUCACCCCAAACCGAUAUCAAUAACGCGGUUACUUGUGAGAGUAUUGUUACUCAAUCGGCUGCGGAUAGUGUCGAUGAUAAACCUACAAUAGACCAGGAACCUGAUUGUACUAGGUCCGACGAUCACAAUGAUGAUAAAGAUGUUGAAUCAAGUGUUGAUGUUGUCGAUUCAUCUACUAAUGAUAAUGUCACUAACCUUGAUAUUACAAAUAAUGAUAUUAAAAGUGGUGAAGGAGAUGAGGUGAUUCCAAUUAAAUCUCCAGUUUGUACAGAACAAACUGAACAUCAAGAAAUUGUUGAUUCUUCUAAUGAUGGUACAGGAGAAUGUAAACAAUCAGAAAUGGAAUCAAUAAAAGCCUCUGAAAGUGAAAAACUUGAAAUUCUAGAUAUAAAUAAAAAGGAUGAGUCUUUAGAGAUAAAAGAUACUGAUGAAAAGAAAAGUCUACCUGAUCAAAAAUUAGAAAAUGAUCAGAAUGAUAUUACUUCACCAAAAAAAGAUGAAUAUCCUGUGCCAAUGGAAAUUGAUGAAAGCCAAACAGAGAUACUUGAAAAAAUUUCAAUAACUUUAACUGAAGGAACGAAAUCCCAAGAUUCUCAAGAUGAAAAACCAUGUGAUGAAAUACAACAAGAUUUAAAAAUAGAAGAGAAAAUGGAACAGACCGUAUCAAAACCCCCUGAAACAUCACAAGAGCCUAUCAGGCAACAGGAGGUAAAACCAGAAGAAAUCAAAUUAAGAACAUAUGAAAGGAAAGCAUCAGUGCAAAAAAUAAAAAUCAAGAGGACAUCAACAUCAGAUGAAACUAAUGAGACACAACCAAAAAGAAGAUGGGGGAAAGGUUUAAAGUUAAUAUCAGCAGAAAUAAUAGAUUCAAAUGUAGUGAUGAAUAUUUAUCCGGAUGUACAAUUUCUAGAAGAGUCUGAUGUUAAAUUAGAACACACAGAGCCGAAAAUUCGACGAUUUUCCACCGCGGAAAGUUCUGAGGAUAAAUCAGACAGGAGGAUGUCAUUGGAUUUUGAAAGGCAAACAUCUGAAGAGUCGUUUAAGACUGAAGUGGAACCCGAAGAAAAAACUAACAUCAUAGCUUUUAAUCGAAAAAUUUCAAUUAUUGACGAUUCUGCCACGACUUUAAAACCGCCACCAAGUCCUGCUAAAAAUCCCGUUUCUGAUACUUUGUUUAUAACAAACUUGGUGCGCCCGUUUACCUUAAAACAACUGAGGGAAUUAUUAGAACGAACUGGGAAAAUUAAGGAGGAUGGUUUUUGGACUGACCGAAUUAAAUCUAAGUGUUAUGUACAAUAUGAGAGUGAAGAGGAGGCUCGAGGGACAAGAGAAGCUUUGCAUGGAGUGCAUUGGCCGAUUGGUAAUGGUAAAAAAUUAAUUAUUGAUUAUAGUACAGAAGAGGAAUUGGCUAAUGCUAAAAAUCCACCUGCCCCACCGCCACCAGCACCUGUUGUCCUUGAGCCAUCAAAAAGUGACAAAGAAAAUGAAGAUUUACAUAGGACGAAGAAAGAAGAUAGGAAGAGUAAAGAACGGGACGAGAAGGAAACGCGCCGACGGGAACACGUUCGGGAGUGGGAUGUGGGAAAAGAAGAUGUUCAACACAAAUCAAAAUCAGAUCAUGAUCAUGAUAGAAGGAAACAUUCGAGGAGAUCAUCAACACCAAGAGAAAGAGAUGAUUAUUUAGCGAAAAAGAGAAAGAAAGUUGAAGAUCAAAUACCACAAAAAUUAAUGGAUGAUUUAUUUCAAAAAACCACAGCCACUCCAAGUAUUUAUUGGCAACCGCUCACUCCCGAAGAGAUUGCAACAAAACAACAACAACGUUUGGAAAGAAUGGCGGAACACAAGAAGAGAAUGGAAGAGACAUCGUCACGUCCAAGGGUGGAUUAUGGUCGGGGGGGACCUUACCGUCGAAAAUACGAUUGAUAUAUGGGUAAAGCCCAAAACAACGUAUACUUUUUUUAUUAGAUCAGAAGUGUAGGAGGGUAUUAAUGAUUGAGAGAAAACGGUUUGAUUCUAUCCAUAUUUCCAAUUCUUUCUUUUCCUAAUUCCAUUAAGUUUUAUUUUUUGACGGUUGGUUUGUUCGAGAUCGUUUUUUGGUUUUUGCUUUUCAUUUCUUCCUUUCUAUUUAAAUAUCGUAUUAUCGAUGACAAAUUCUUUUCCAAUGCGUGAAUGUAAUCAAUGUGUGAAUGAGUUAACGUUUUUUCUUAUAGGAUUUUUCAGCUUACCUCUUUAUCAUCGAGGGAUUUCUCUAUGAAAAUUAAAAAAAUAAAAAAAAUUUGAAUAUUAAUUAAAAAUGUAGUCACAUUGUGCGCGCUCGUUCGUAUUACUUUUUAUUUUUUUUAGUAAAAUUUUGAUGGGCGUGUGGAAUAGUGUACAGACUAUAAAAAAAACAAACGUUUAUAUCAAUAAAAUUUUUAUUUCCAUCACAAGUUAAAUUGUUUUUGCAAACUUUUGUAGAUAGAGACAAUUCUUUCUAAUUAUUGUUGGAAAGCGGCGAAAGAGAAACGUUAGCGAGCUGUUCACUUCAUUUCUUUUUUUAUAUUAUUAAAAUAGUCGUAAUCA